UCAGGAGAACUGUCAAAAAAAAGUUUUAGGUUCCAAAGAAGAGAUUUCGUGGAAAUGGAAGUAAAUCCAGGGAAAAGGGAUCAAGAGGGGGCAGAACAUCUGAAUUUGGACAUUGUAAAAGAGGAGUACAUUGUCAGCGAAGGAGUUCCAGAAAAAAGGUUAAAGACUGAAGAGGAAUCAUCGGAAGGAUGUUCAGAGGAGGUAGUGCAGUACAUUAUAAGUGAUUUGGGGUAUGAAGAGACAAUCAGUGAUACCUUCAAGUGCCGAUACUGUGUAGGGAAGAACUUCACCCGUGCAAGUAUGCUGAAGGUUCACAUGUUGCAGAAACAUUCAUCCAAAGCAGAUUAUCGGUUGGAUUUUAACUGUGAGACCUGCUCACGAUCCUACAGCACAUGGUGGGAGCUCAAGCGUCACGCACGGAGGAUGCAUUUUGCCUGCCUCUACUGCAAUACAUGCUUCUGCCAUGAGACUGCCCUUAAAACUCACAAUAAGAAUCGUCACGAGCAGCUUCCCAAUGACAUUGAUGAUUUUCCGCACAUUUGCUACCAUUGCGGAAUGAGCAUUGAAAACCUUGGAGCACUGAUAAAGCACACGGAGACAGAACAUCCCCCUCGACCCAAGCCUCUUUUUGCGCCUAUAGAGAAGUCUCCAGAUCCCAAACCCAAAGCAAGACGACGAGUAGUGGAUACAAGUGAGACUACGCAGUAUUUAUGGGAUUUGUACUACUGCCCCCACUGUCCGGAAUCCUUUUCAAAGAACGAAAACUUGAGCAGGCAUAUGAAUGAGUAUCAUGCUCACCUAGCUGUGCUGGAAUCACGAGAAUCUCCAGAUUUGGAAUAUGUUGGAACGUGGGUUCAGGAAAAGUAGCCUAAUUUCUUAAUAUAUUUUUUUCAUUUUCUCAAGAAUAAAAUUUUCAUUUGAAAAAAUAAA